UAUGAACAUUUAUGUUCAAACUCUUUUUUCUUACUCGACAAAUGUUUUUUUUUUCUCUUGGCGUGAAUUUAUGACACAUCGAGGAAAAUCGUGAAAGCUGUAUACCACGACCUCGGUAGUAGAUAAAAACGUCUGGUAUGCAACUAGAACGUUGACGACCGAGUGUUGGACGAGUUAGAUGUGUGGCAAACGACAGGGAAAUUUGCAAUUUGUCGUUUCAUAGGUUUUUAUCGCAUACAAUAUAAAAUUUUUAUCGUAAACGUUAUCGCGUACAUUGUCCUUGUUGUUGGCAAUGCUAUGAGAAAAUAAAUUGCGCCGAAACGUGCACAAACAGUCCAUAUUUCUAUACAAAGCGAACGAUAGGGUUAUGAGGCUCCAAUUUCGAAGUCUCGCUAUUCGUAAAUAUUUUUUCAGUGUUUUCAAUAUAAUUUCUAUACUACGCGAUGGCUGAAAAAUGUAAGGUAUGUGGGUGUACGUGCACAAACUGCACUCAAAAAGAUCAACAGCACAAUGACAUGCAUCUGCAUGUAGAAAUAGAAAAUUUGCGCCAACAUUUGAUGGAAAGGGAUAAUCACAUUGCGACAAUGGAGACACAGUUUUUGAAUGAGGCUGAUAAAUUUCCAAAUGGAGAAUUGGCUUCAAUGAAGGAGGAACUUUUAAUUUGGCAAGAUAAAUAUUCAAGAUUACACGAGGCUCAUAAACGCAUUCAGAAAGUAAAUCAAAAUCUUGAGGAUAAAUUAUUGAGGAUUGUAGAUAAAUGUGAAACAGAGAAAAGUGCAUUCACCAAGGAUAUCGCGACUUUAUCCCACAGAUUGGCUGAUGCAAAUUAUACGAUACAUCGUUUGACACAAGAUAAUGAAAAGUAUAGAAACGAUGUAAAUUUGGCAAUACAACUUCUUCAGUGUAAACCUUCCAACUUUGUUGGUCAAAAAUAUGAUACUUUACCUACCGAAGUACAGGCAAAAGUUAGAACAUAUGUUGCACAAAAGAAACGAACAAAUGAUGCUCCUCCUGAUGUCAAAAGUAUUACAGUGCCAAUUUCAACGUUUCCUCCAACAGCAAUGGUAUAUAAUGUAACUAAGCCUAUGCUUGACAAACAUAGUGACGAUGACAGCGACGAAUCAAAGCCGCCGGUAGAUGUUGUUUCAGCCGCAAUAAUGGCCAAAGUUUUGGAAGACCGGGAGAAAGAACGGAUAUUCUCCAAGCAUUGUGAUACGUGUACUUGUCAUAGGAGCAUUUUGAUGGUCGACGGUGAAACUCAAACUAACGGGCAAGAUGUUUUUUCUUGUAACGAAUGUGCUACCAAGUAUGCAGAAAAUACAGAAAAAUGUUCGGAUAAUAUGAAAAGUACCGAUAAAACUUACCAAAAUAAAGAAAGUCAAAAUUCUAUGUUACACGUGGCUUACCACGAGGUGAAUGAAAAUGUUAGUAACAAUAAAAUGCAAUAUCAAAACAAUUGUACAAAGACUACUAGCAGUCAACAUUUAUGCACAAAAGAUAAGUUUUUAACUAGAAACGGUAAAGUCUUGGAGAGCGUGAAGGAAGAUGUUCGUGUUAGUGUCAAUACGAAAGCUAAUUUAAAUAAAAAAAACUCUUUGCGUCGUAGUGAUAUGCAAAUUCAAAGCGCUUUUCAAAAUCAGAGCGCAAACAUGACGAAACACGUAACUUCUCAAAAUAUUGGUAACACGUGUAUGAAUAGCAAAACGAAUGCUGAUAAGGGAAAACAGGUGAAACCGUAUAAAAAAUGCGAAUCACAAAUCGAUAAUACAUUGAAUCCAAAUCACUGGAAUACAUUGGAGAAGAAGUCCUCUAACCAUAGUCAUAUAGUUCCUGAAAAUUCUAACAGUUACUUUGAUGGAAAAGAACAGAGUCCAAUUGAUAUUAUUAAUGAUAGACUGUGGAAAAACGAAUGGACGAAAUUAAAAUUGCAAGCUAAUAAAGACACUAAAAUAAUAGAUAAAGUCUGCGGGGAUAUCGAAAUUGACAUUAUCAACGAUAGGGUGUGGAAGAACGAUAGAUCAGCAGAGGAAACUCACCUCCCAGCACAAUUAACUUUUAUAGAAGUAAAAAACAUAGAUAACAAUUCAAACCAAAAUGAUUCCGGACUAAUGGAAGUGGCGACUAGUCCAAGUUUUAGUAGCGAUAGUAUAGUAAUUUCAACUUCCGAUCCUUCUAGCAGUUCUAGCGAUGUUGUUCGCUCACUUAGCGGAACGAAUUUGCACAACGUUGGUAAUUCAAAAUCCAGUAGCCAAAAUCGAAUAACUGGUCCGAGAAAUUGUCUCGUGAGAGUCACGCCUGGAUCGAAAAAUAUUCUUUUAGAUAAUGCUGGCCAUUAUAAAACUGUAUUAUACACUAGUGGAAAUAACAAACCAAAUACUGCUUUAGUUCACUCGAAAAAAUUAUCGCGAUCCGGAUCCGAAAGAUCAGUUUCGACCAGUAGCGAGGAAAGCUGUCCGAUCUUGCUACACGACAAUAAUCAAUUACAAAGAGUAGCCGAAUGGGUUCAGUCAUCGGUGCACAUGGAUAAUUCUGUGUCGAAUUACACGAAAUUAAAGCCUAAUGAAAAUAUAAUGAACCAGAGGUCGUUAAUGUAUUUGAAUGAGCAACAAAUGAAGUCGAAACUGUUCGUAGACGCUCGAAGAUUGCAUGAUAAUACUCAAGAAAAAAAGUGCGGGGAUUUAAUAGUACACGUUCACAACCUUGGCGAGGGAAAUUUAAAUAACGAUGUAAAUAAUUUUCCAACAAAUGUAAAUAACGUUGAACCAGACAAGGAAAAAGAUUUAAUAUCUUUCGAUGUUCCGAACGAGGAGGAGAAGGACGUGCCCAAAGCUUCCAACAAAAUUGACAUCACCGAUAUCGAUUACGAAGUAAAAAUCACUAAAGAAAUGGAAGAAACUUACCUAAAACUUGCCGCAAGUUUAGAUCAUGUCACGUUAGACUUACCACGUACGAAUAGCGCGGACUUAACGAUUGAAAAGUAUAGAAAAGAUCAUAGGAAACUUCAAAGGAGCCUUGAGAAGGCGGGAUCAAAAAUGUAAAGUAUUACGGCAAAUAUUUCAGAAGAUUAUUAGUACUAUCACAGCAGGGAGUUCCUUUAAAGAUAACAGAGCGUUAUUUUUUGUAACUAUAUGAAACUAAGGCUGUACCAAGAUCAGUAGCUUAGGAGAAAACAUUCUAUACACCACUGCAGACAUAGGAUUAUAUUUAUUUAAUUUGUAUAGUUAUUGUUAGCGUUGCAGCUUUAUUGCCUGGUGGAUGAGAUUCGGUUGUGCGGCAGUCGCGGAAUGUUGUUGGUAUGUAAUUAUUUAGUGAUUACAAUAUCAAUUCUCUUAUAGCUAAUAUGUCUAAUCUAAUUGAAAACAAAUCUCGAGAUUAAUUAAAUAUUUAUUAAAUUCUUUGAAUGUUGAAACGAUGAGGAGCUAUUUAACAAAUGAUACGAGAGAUACUAGUUAUUUUAUUUUCAUUUUUUCGAUCCUUCAUAGUUUUUGUCGAACCAUUUCUAUAUCGAAAAAUAACCCAAUUAAAUUAGACGACGAAACUUUUAUUCUUGUUACUGCGAUUAAAUAUUAUAGAACGAAUUGCGUUCGCGUGUAUUGAAAUGUGACAAUAUUUAAGAUUCGUUGUCGAAUGUUAAUAGUUAUGUUCGCGAUACAUUAGUGCGUGCUACUUCCAAUCAGUGAUGGGCAGAAUUUUAUUCGAAUAAUCUAUUCAAUGAUACAGUUGUUCAUUUAACGUGAAAGAUAAUCUGAUUUUGUAACUUAGAUUGUAAUUUUUUUCAGACAAAUAGCGAAGCAAAACUUGUUUUAUUCAUUAUACGAGUUUUUUUUUUUAUAUAAAUAAGAAUUUUGUCCAUCUCUGCUUCCAAUUAGGGCAACGCCGUAAAGUGUUAGCGUUGCAAAACAAGAUUCUUCGAACUGAUUUAAUACGAGGAACACUGAUAACUGUAUCGAGACAGCGUUAACGCGUAAAAUUCAAAAUUUUAUUUAACGGUUGUCGCAGACGUAGCGAUAGAACGGAUAAUAUAUAUUUUCCUUGCGUGCUCGAGCAGAUAUGGCAAAAUAUAGCGGUGACAAUAUUAAUAGUUCAUAUAAUUAUUAAGGUGUAUCUGUGGAACAACGUUUCAAGGAACUUGGUCGCGUACGCGCAAAGCAGAAUAUUUAUGAGAAACGCUCGUUCUCCACCGAGAAAUGUCUACAAUAAAAAUUACUAUCGUGCAAAGAUCAUUAUCUGUGUUAAAGAAUACUUACGGUACCAAAGUUGAAAGCAAUCGUUGCAAAGUUAAUACGUUUAGUACUUAUUUAAUGGUCCGCUUUAAUCGAUGUAUCAUAGUAUAAUUAUCGUUCACUUUCAUUUGCAUGUUUCCUUACACACGAAGAGAAGAUAAAAAAAAAAUGUACUUAGGUGGAUCUUCGCCUCAUUUUCGAUUAGUCGGUCUAAACUGCUGGAUUAUACCGUGGCUGAUUCUUUCGUUACAGAAAGUGUAUACUAAUAGGAAGGGAUUGAAGGUUACAGAUUUUACGUCUACAAUCAAAAUUCGGGAUUAAUUUAUUUAAUUACAGUAAUUCCCGUUUUCAAAUGAUAAAAUCGGGACAGUUGUUUAACUUGAAAGUGGGAUAGGUAGCAGUGUUUAGCUCGAGUUGAGGCUCAACCUUUCAUGAACCGUCCGAUUAGGAAAGUGAAAACGAGAGAGAUACAUUCUCUUUGGUGAUUGAAACUUGAUGAUUCUCGUUCUGAAUAGAUAUAAAUAGCGACGAGAUGAUUUUUGUACUUGAGUUUAGUAUAUAAAGUAUCACUUGAAAGCGGAAAUUACUGAUUGACGUAGUAAAUCUAUUUCGUCAUAAUUUUUUAAAUAACUUCAUUUGAGGCAAGACAUAUUUUUUAA